CCGGUCCACUUUUGUUUAUGUUUUACGAGGCGAGACAAGCCUAUUCGUGAAAGUGAAUCAGUGAUAAAAUUAAAGAUAAGUAAAAAGUGUUUAAUUAGUGUGUGUCAUGUCAAUAUUCUCAGUACGCGAUGGAAAGUAACAUUCUCAAGUGUUGACACCGAAUAGGUACGCUAAACACACAUGUCAGGCGGUGAUCGAAAAAAGCGAGCAGAUCGUGGAGAAGGAUGGGAAGAAGCCGGAGCAGAAUUUUACCAAGAGAGCUAUCCUGGAGAGAUGGACUUGGACCAUGUUCUUCAAAAAGAUCCACAUCAUUUGGCAACUUUGCUUCCCAGCAAGCAUACAAGAACAACAA